CGAUUUUUUUUUGUGUGAGAGAAUCAGCCCCUCCCUAUUUAUUGCUGUUCCUCUCCACCCCUUAAUGGGUGCGUAUUGGGGACAUUUUAUAUUUUUUAUUUAUUUCUAAAGCUUACGCGUCACGUAAAAAUAAAAUUUUAUAUAGCCGGCACUACCAGCUUUAACUACAUUAAUUUUUCUCUUUUUUUAAAAUUUAUUUCUGCCUUUCAUUUUUUUGGAAUUUUUAUUUAAUUUUUUUUUGCUGUGCGCCAAAAAUAUUUUUUAGGGGAAUUUUUUGGCGUUUUUUAAUUUUGGCGUUUUUGAACGUCAGAAAAAUAUGGCAAAUGAAAUGCCAACAGAAAAUGAACAAGUAGCGAAUGAAGAGAAUACUGAACCUUCAAAAUUAAAAUCAAUAUUGCGAAAUGGAGUUCAAAUUGUGGUAGUUGAUGAAAGUUCUGCAAAGGAUAGGGAAUCACCUCAAAAAGUGCCGUUUGAAUUGACUGUGGAAGAUGAUCAGAAUCAAUUAAUUAACGGAUUCAAGGAUGAUGAUGGUGCCGGCAGUUGUUUCCAAGACUUGGAUGACCAACACUUGCAAAUAUUACCAGACAACGACUUUCAAAGCUCACUCUCAAUUAACGAAUCUCAGGGUUGUCAAGCAAGAGAUGAUGUAAUUAUUGUUGAUCAUUUACCAAUCCCCCCAGAUGGAGAAUACGGUUGGGUAGUUGUUGCUGCUGCUUUUGUUUGUAAUUUAAUUGUUGAUGGAAUUAGUAAUGCUUUUGGGCCUUUUAUGGCUGCUUAUCAAAAAGAAUUUGGUGCCAACAAAUCCGCUGUUUCUCUUAUUGGAUCGAUUCUAAUUGGAAUGUAUUUACUCUCUGGCCCAGUUGUAGGCGGUCUUCUAAACAAUUUUGAAACUCGCCGUAUUGUUGUUUGUGGAGCCAUUAUUGCUUCAUUAUCUUUUAUUCUUUCUACAUUUUCACCAAAUAUUUUUGUUUAUUAUUUUGUUUAUGGAAUUCUUGGAGGAAUUGGCUUUGGAUUUAUUUAUUUGCCAGCAAUUGUGAUUGUUAGUCAAUAUUUUGAAGCAAAGAGGGCAUUAGCUACUGGAAUUGCUGUUUCUGGAAGUGGUGUUGGGACUUUUUUGAUUCCUCUUUUGUCUAAAUAUUUGAUUGAAUCUUUUGGUUGGAAAAUAGCCAUAUAUUGCCUAGCUGCACUUAUUCUUCUCUGUGUAUUUUGUGGCCUUUUAUUUAAACCUUUGCCAUUGCCAGAAUUUGAUAUUGAAAAACAAAACAGACUAGCAAUUGAAUUAAAACAACAAGCACUUUUAGCUGCUUUGAGUAGAGCAGAUGAUGGAGAUGAUGAGUGUAAUUCAAAUAUUUCUGAUGAAGUUACAACAAAUGGGGGAGGUGUUUCUCCUGUUAAACGGUCAGCAACUACAAGAACAUCUUCACAAUGUACAAAAGAGGAUGGUCAACCUUUACUAAUGAAUGGACUUGAAGGUGGAAUUGAUUUAGGGAGAGGAGAUGAAAAUGCUGAUGAAAUGGUUUCUUCCUCCCCAUUAACACCUCAUCGUCCCCCACUUUCUCCCAUCCCUGAAAGUGGAAAGAGAAGAUUAAGCAAAAGUAGAGCUGGUUCUGUACAACAAUCACACGCUGAUGGUAUUUCUGGUCGACAUCCAACAGUCGUUUCAAAUCGAACUAGAAAGCCUACAUUAACUAGUAUGGCAAGUGAUGCAUGGAUGGGAAGUAGCAAUCAACUUCGCUUAAGCCGUGUCAACCUCAACAGCCAAUUGUCACGUGUUUCAGCACGUUCAUACGCCCAAUCACUUAGUAGACUAAGCCAAGCACCACCUCAAUCAAUCAAAGGCGAAUCAACACUUUCUGUUGCUUUGAGUGGAGCUGAACCAAAAGAAUUUGCUAGGCCUUUAUCUAGACAUGAUAUUUUCCUUCAAGGAAGUAUAAGAAAUUUGAAGGAAUUUGAAAGCGAAGGAAGCAAUUAUCAACGUUAUAGAGAAUCUCAAAUUUCAAUUCCAAUGAUUAUUGCGGCACAAAAUUUAUCUUCUUCACUUUCACAUGCUUGUGGUGAUAUGGUAGAAUCAAGCAAUAGAUUUGGUGGAAGUCAAUAUAGUAGAAUAACUGGUGGGGAAGGAACAGAAUUUUGUGAAGAUUUGGAAGGACAGCAACAAGAUACAAGACCCAAAACCGGAAUAGAGGUCCAGCUGUUACUCUCCUCUCUUCAAUUAUAUUUUUUAUUUUUCAGUCGUUUCAAAUUUAUUCCACUUCCAAUUCGCCAAGCAAUCUCAGAAAUGGUUUCUCUUUCAUUAUUAUCAGAUCCUGUAAUGGUUCUUUUAUGUAUUUCUUCAAUUUUUGGAAUGCUUGGAUUUUACGUUCCUUUUGUAUUUUUAAUUGAAUUGGCUGUAUCUGAAGGAAUAUCACUUUCUGAGGCUACUUUAUUACUUUCACUUAUUGGAAUUUCAAAUACUUUUGGCCGUGUAUUUUUUGGUUGGAUGGCCGAUAGAAGAUGGGUUAGUGCUUUAACAAUAACCAAUUGGUCUUUAAUAUCAUGUGGGUUGCUCACAGCAUUUUGUCCAUUAUUUCCAAAUUACCUCAUGUUAAUUACUUAUUCUUGUUUGUUUGGAUUUAUUGUUUCAGCCUAUGUUUGCCUUACUUCAAUUUUACUUUCUGAUCUACUUGGAGUUGAAAGACUAACAAAUUCUUUUGGUAUUUUGGUUGUUGCUAGAGGAAUUUCUUCCCUUUUGGGUACUCCAUUAGCUGGUAUUGUUUUUGAUUUGACACAAUCAUAUAUUGCUGCAUUUGUUUUUGCUGGUUCUUUAAUUGUUAUUUCUGGAUUAAUUAGUUGUUGUAUUUAUUUUGUACAUCGUUAUCAAAGAAGUCAACUUAGAAAUGAAGGUGAUUAUGUAGAACCACAAAAGAAGACAUUUAUUCCAUUAGAACAAGCAGAUGCUACAAGUGGAAAACUUUCAGUUUUAACAGAAAGAAGUGAAGAAUAUUUGACAGAAUAUCAAAGAACGAUUCAAAGUAUUCAUCAACAAAAAGCUUUGCUACAAGAAUUGGAACAAUAUAAACAAAGAAAUUUAAUUAAUGAAGAAGGGGAGGAAGAGGGGGAUGAUGUGGAUGAAAGAAGAGUUGGAGGAGGUGAACAGGAAGAAAAUUUACUGGAGGAAGAAGAAAAUAAUUUUAAAAAUAAUAAAAAAGACGAAGAUGAACAAAUUAUUAAUCAUGUAGAAAAUAAAAACAAGGAAAUUGACGUUGGAGAUUGAAGAGAAGAUGAAAGAAUUUUGAUUUUUGUUUUUUUUCCUGAAAGCCGGUGUGACAGAUAGAGAGAAACCUUGGUAAUUUUUAAAAAUUGUUUCUGUGCAAUCCUGUAAUACACUUGUGUGAGGUUUAUUUUUCUUUUUUUUCUCUCUUGAAAUACAAAACUUGAAAAAAAUUGUUGGGCUUCUUUUCUGAAUUUUUUUUUGGUUUUUUUUUUCCUGAAAAAUUUAAGGGGCGUUAAAAAUUCAUUUUUUAAUUUUUAAAUGGUUUUGUAUUUUAUAAAAAUAUUUUUUAUUAUUUUUCUUCCUUUUUUUAAAUCCUACCGAGUGUGCCGUUCUCCUUAUAUUUUCUUUAUCUACCAAUUAUUUUUUUAUUUUAAAUUAUUUUGGUUAUAUCUUUUCUAUUUUUUAUUUUCCACUUAAUCUAGCCUCAUCGAAAAAAUUUUUUAAUUUAAGGGAAUAUUUCCAAAAAUUUUUUUCUUUUAAUUUUUCUCUUAAGAAGGGGUAUACUUC